AUGGCCAGCUUCCUUGCAGCCCCUGCAUGUCCACUGGUUGCCCUGCCCACCACUACCAGGGCCAGUUUCUCCACCGUUCAGCAAAAGAGCUUCUCUGUCAAUGUUAGUGACACUCCCAUUUCUAAUUAUGUUACAAAAGAUGCGGCUCAACCUGAAACCCUGGAAACCGUCCAAAGCACCAUUGCUAAGCAAUUGUCUGUUGAAGUCAGCACAGUAACUCCUGAAACCAAGUUUGCUGACUUGGGUGCUGACUCCCUUGACACGGUAGAAAUAAUGAUGGCUUUGGAAGAACAAUUCGGCGUGUCAAUAGGCGAAGGUGGUGCAGAGAACAUUGCAACUGUUCAAGAUGCUGCAGAUCUCAUUGAGAAAGUGAAGGCAGCAGCAUGA